AUGACGGCUCCAUCAAUACAAAAAGACAUUUGUAAUUGUUUUGCAGAAGAAGUGUUAAAGAUGAUAUUUGAAGAGCUUGAUGAUGAUGUCUUUUCUUUAUUAGUUGAUGAAUCGAGGGAUAUUUCUAAAAAGGAACAAAUGGCUGUGGUUUUGAGAUUUGUUGAUAAAUUAGGAUUUGUGAAGGAGCGAUAUAUUGGUGUAGUUCAUGUUAUGGAAACAACCGCUCUAUCUCUUAAAUCUGCAAUUGAUGAAUUAUUUGCUCACCGCAAUUUGAGCUUGGGUAGGGUUAGAGGCCAAGGAUAUGACGGUGCAAGCAACAUGUCCGAUUUAAUAAAUGUUGUUGGCGCAUCGUGCAAACGAAUAGAUUUGCUAAGAGAAAGUCAAAGAGAGCUUUUGGCAUUGAAUCCGGAAGUUGUACUCGGAAGUGGAAAUAGUCAAGAAAUGGCACUUACAAGGCCCGGAGAUACACAAACUUCGGCAUGGGAACCAAUUCACAAAACUCAAGCAAAUGGACUUCAGUUAUACAUGAAAAGUUUCAAGUUUGUAUUUUAUUUACAUUUGAUGAAACAUAUCUUGGGAGUUACUAACUUAUUGUGUGUCGCUCUUCAAAGAAAGAAUCAAGAUAUUUUGAAUGCAGUUGAGCUAGUUAGAUCAACCAAAGAAGAAUUACAAAGGUAUCGACUUGAAGGCUUUGACUCACUUUUAAAAGAUGUUACAUCCUUUUGUGACAAGUAUGAUAUUGAGAUAAUUAACAUGGAAGAUGAGUAUGUUGACCCGAAAAACAGAAGAAGAAAGACCAACAUCACCAAUCGUCAUCAUUUUGUGGUCAAUAAUUUCAACACGGUUCUCGACAUGCAAAUUCAAGAGCUUGGAAACCGUUUUAACGAGGUAACCACUAACUUGCUUACGUGUAUGAGUUCUUUGAGCCCGCGUGAUAAUUUUAGUUCCUUUAAUAAACUAAAUUUGCUAAAGUUGGCCGAAAUGUAUCCAUAUGAUUUUACUUUUGAUGAAAAAGAUAAGGUUAUCGAUGAACUCGGCCACUACAUUUCUAAUAUGAAAAAAGAUAGUCGGUUUGAUAACCUGAAUGGGGUUAGUGAUCUUGCCAAAAGGAUGGUGGAAACAAGGAAACACAUUGAGUAUCAGUUGGUCUAUCGUUUAAUAAAGUUGUCACUGGUUUUACCGGUUGCAACGGCUAGUGUUGAAAGGAGUUUUUCUUCAAUGAAGCUUGUGAAGACAGAAUUACGUAAUAGGAUGGGUGAUGGAUACAUGAACGAUUCUUGCAUUUGUUACAUUGAAAAGGAGUUCUUACAUAAAGUUUCUGUUGAGAGUGUAAUGCAACGUUUUCAAUAG